ACCAUUUCUUGAUUCUUUUUGAGUUUCAUGAAAAAAGUUGGCAGUGCUAGGUUUAUUUAAGGAGCAUAUUUUUGAAUUCCUGAUCACAUGUUCAAGACAAAGAGUGUAUUUUUGUGAGUCAACUCCAUAAGAUGGCAUCUUUCGAAGGUGAAGAGGAGGAGGUAGAAGGUGGUUAUGGAAGCAGUUAUGUAGUUGGAGGCUCUUUUCCCAAAGACUUUGGUUAUGGUCCUGAAGAUGGUCUGGAUGGAGAACUCUCUGAUGGGGUGCCCUCACAGAAUAAACCUAGGAUUUUGCUCAUGGGUCUUCGAAGGAGUGGGAAAUCCUCAAUUCAAAAAGUUGUGUUUCACAAGAUGUCACCAAAUGAAACACUCUUCUUGGAGAGCACAAACAAAAUAGUGAAGGAAGAUGUCAGCAAUUCCUCUUUUGUCCAGUUCCAGAUCUGGGAUUUCCCUGGCCAGAUUGACUUUUUUGAUCCAACAUUUGAUUCAGACAUGAUAUUUGGGGGUUGUGGUGCUCUGGUUUUUGUCAUUGAUGCUCAGGAUGACUAUAUGGAAGCUUUGAAUAGACUUCAUCAGACAGUCACUCGAGCAUAUAAAGUAAAUCCUUCCAUUCGUUUUGAAGUCUUCAUACAUAAAGUGGAUGGGUUGUCAGAUGAUCACAAGAUUGAGACCCAACGUGAUAUUCACCAGCGUGCCAAUGAUGAUCUCUUGGAUGCAGGAAUGGAGAGCAUUAGCCUGAGCUUCUAUUUGACAUCCAUUUAUGACCACUCGAUCUUUGAAGCCUUCAGUAAAGUGGUACAGAAGCUCAUUCCACAGCUACCAACAUUGGAGCACCUCCUGAACAUAUUUAUAUCAAAUUCAGGCAUUGAAAAGGCCUUCCUCUUUGAUGUGGUUUCCAAGAUCUACAUAGCAACUGACUCAUCUCCAGUUGACAUGCAAAGCUAUGAACUCUGUUGUGACAUGAUUGAUGUUGUCAUCGAUGUGUCCUGCAUCUAUGGCAUUGCAGAGGAGGGGGAGUCCUCAGCAUUUGACAACCAAAGCUCAAGCAUCAUUCAUCUCAACAAUGGAACAGUCCUCUAUCUAAGAGAGGUGAACCGUUUCCUGGCUCUUGUUUGUAUUCUACGUGAAGACUCCUUUGAUCGACAAGGUCUUAUAGACUACAACUUCCUAUGCUUCCGAAAUGCAAUCCAGAAGGUGUUUGAAGUGAAGUGUCAAAGUGUGGGGAUUCCUCGCAUCCUUAUGGACCCUCCCUCGUCCUUGAUACAGAGCAAUGGGUGAUUCAACACCAUGUUCCUAGAUCAAGUAAAGUCUCCUUCACACCACCUGUGCCAUGAGACACUGUUGAAAUGAAUUAUGUAUUGUGAUCACAUGAAUAUUUCCUGUGCAUUACUGCCUCACAUGUCAGUGUCCUUGCAUUAUUAUCUGUGAUGACAACUUUUGAGCUUGGACAUUGUGCACCAAAUGUAUUAGGAGCCAUGUUUUUUGCAGUGUCCUGCUCCCAUGAUGAUUCAACUGUCAUAUGAUUGCUAAGUUAAGUCUACUUGGAAGAGCAAGUCCAUAAAUUAUGAGAGAAUUCUUAGACUUUCUCAGAAAGAUCCCAGUUAUUAGGAGUCCUGCUACUUAGGUGCUUUGUCUACACUCCAAGCAUUUAGAAUCACAGAAAUUCAUUCUAUUUCUGCAGACUUCUAAAGGAUUUUUAUGCAAUCAUCCUCACUGCCUCCUCCUAUGCUGGCCAUGUUUGUGCAUGAAUAAUGAAGUGCUCACAGGAUGUCAAACAUGCUUUGUAUUGUAUUCUUAGGUAAUACUGAAGUCAUAGUCCCCCCCCCCCCCCACUCAUAGCCA